UUUUCUCUCUUAUUCCGGACAACAAUCCAUCCAAAAUGAGUGAUCCAGCAAAACCCGAGGAAAAGCCAGGAUGCCAAGGAGAAAAGGGCAAAGGAAAGAGCCAGGAUCAUGGCCAAGGCCAAGGCCAAGGUAAAGGCCAUGGCCACGGCCACGGCCACGGCCAAGGACACGGACACGGACAGGGACAGGGUAAAGAGGGUAAAGAGGGUAAAGAGGGUAAAGAGGGUAAAGGACAUGGACAUGGCUCUGAAGAACACGGAAAAGAGGGAAAAUGCAAAAAGUGAGCGAAAAGGAAAGUGAGCAUGCUGAAAGAAAAGACGAGACGUCCAGCCUCUAGUUUUGCUCGGUUAAAUAUUACUAAAAAAAAUGCAAUGUGUUUUUGACUGUAUAAAAAGACUUGAACAAUAAACUUUACAGUACUAA